GGGCCGAAAAUGGUGGAUGAAAACACACGUCUUCAAGUUUUCACGAAAUAAAAUCUCGAAUUACUCAAUAUUUGUUUCAUAUUUGGCAUUUUCGACAGUGUGUAACAAAACUUUAAAAUGGGUGUCCUCGAAAAAAUAUCGGAAAUCGAGAAAGAGAUCGCCCGAACUCAGAAAAAUAAGGCAACUGAGUACCAUUUGGGUCUACUGAAGGCCAAACUUGCCAAAUACCGAGCCCAGCUCUUGGAACCAGUUGGGAAAUCUGGAGCAAAGGGUGAAGGUUUCGAUGUAAUGAAAUCAGGCGAUGCCAGAUGUGCCUUAAUUGGAUUCCCAUCUGUAGGAAAGUCAACACUCCUGAACACGCUGACGCAUACAUUCAGUGAAUGUGCCAACUACGAGUUCACAACCUUGACCUGCAUUCCAGGCGUUAUUGAGUACAAUGGAGCAAACAUCCAGUUACUGGAUCUGCCUGGUAUUAUUGAAGGAGCUGCGUCAGGCAAGGGUCGAGGACGGCAGGUGAUAGCAGUGGCAAGAACAGCUGAUCUGGUCAUUAUGAUGCUGGAUGCCACUAAGGGUGAAGUACAAAGGAGCCUUUUAGAAAAAGAGUUGGAAGAAGUCGGUAUACGUUUAAAUCAAAGAAGGCCUAACAUAUACUUUAAAGUAAAGAAAGGUGGUGGUCUGUCCUUCAAUUCUACGAUACCGCUGACCUACUGCAAUGAAAAACUAGUUCAGCUCAUAUUACAUGAAUAUAAAAUUUUUAAUGCCGAAGUUCUGUUCAGGGAAGAUGCCACAGCGGACCAGUUUAUAGAUGUGAUAGUAGGCAACAGAGUCUACCUGAAUUGUUUAUACGUAUACAACAAAAUAGAUCAGAUAUCUAUAGAAGAGGUGGACAGAUUAGCAAGACAGCCAGACACUGUUGUCCUUAGUUGUAAUAUGAAUCUGAAUCUUGACUACCUACUGGAAAGAGUAUGGGAAUACUUAGCAUUAGUGCGAGUGUAUACAAAGAAAAGGGGAGAACAUCCUGAUUUUGAAGGUGGCCUUAUUUUACGAAGAGGAUGUACAGUUGAACAUGUGUGCCACAAUAUCCAUAGAACAUUAGUCCCGCAAUUUCGUUAUGCAUUAGUUUGGGGUCAGAGUGUCAAAUUCAACCCUCAACGAGUCGGUCUACAACAUACUAUGGGCCAUGACGAUGUCAUCCAAGUUGUGAAAAAAUAACAUCGCAGCAAAGUUGUAACUUGAAAAUGUGAGAGACUUGUAAAAUAAACGAACUACUUCAUAUAGACAUUGUACAGUAAAUUCUCGACACAGGGAGCAUUAUGUUUUUUGGUGAAUUUGUUUCGAUUCAUUUUAACUUCCCGAUUGAAGAAAACUCACAGCAUUGAAAAUAUUGCUUUAAAUUGUUCUUUCCGGAUAUCAGUUUCAGGACAUCAUACAGUGUAUUAUGUAGUGUAGGAUUGCACUUGGGAUAUGUGGUGCUGAUUCUCCAGGGUGUGAUCAGACCGCUCUCAGUGGACAUGCAUAUUUUGGUGCUAACUGUAUGCCCAAGGAUAACGUAGGCUAAAUCAAAGUAGUUUGCUGCUGGCUUAGUUAUUACCACAUUGCUUCAGGGAAAUUGUUCUUCUCAUCUUGGACAUUUGUUGGAAUGGAUAUCCGACUUAAGCUAAAUCUAUGAGGAGAAUUUCGUUUUCCCUUCCCUAUUUUUUUGAGGCAUUUUGUAAACUUCCAACUUGAUGUAUAAAAUAUGAUUUUAUUCACCUGCAGUAUUUCAGUUUUGAGUUGUGUAUUCAGUUCAAAUGUGCUAUGGACAUGACUCCUUACGGAUUUGUAUCACAGUUGAUGAUAAAGCUGUU